GGCCAAGUCCAAGAAAAUAAAAAGACAUUUCAGUCGAAUCUAUUACUUUUAUGUCCCAAAAAAUCUUUGCGCAAAUUGAAAUUUCCAAAAUUCACUUUUCUCUUUCCUCCCAGCUUUCUUCUCCCAAACCCACUGCGAUUGGUAUUGUAACUGCAACUCGGGAAAGGAAGCCAAAAAAAAAAAAAGAAAACAAGAGCGUCGAACAGAAUAACCAACAGCGGAACCAGGUUUUUCCAACUCUUCUUUCUGCUAUAUAAAGCCAAUUUCCCCCCUCUCCCCCUCCAAACAAACACAAAAUAAGAAGGGUCAUCCAACAUUCAUUUUUAGUCAAACAGUAUUCUCCUAUAAUUAUGGAUUUCUCUUAUUUCUCUAUUUCUUCGAAAAUCUCGUCUCCAUGUUCCGUUGAAUGGAUUCCCUUCUCGCCCCUCGUUCCACGUCGUCUUUCUCUUCUCCACUGAAUAAUAAUAAGAAUUAUUAUUAUUGUAAUAUUAAUAGUGAGAAUAAAUCGAGCUUUUCGGUGCCAUCGAGUUUUCGAAUCUUUAAUUUGAGAAAGUUUAGUACGGUUAGUUUUGGUUACGGUUGCGAUUGUCGUUUGAUGGGAAGGAGUUCUGGUUGUUCAAAGAUCGACUGUUUGACACGUGUUACGAUGGAUUUCUCUGCUUCUGCUGCUUCGCCUGAGAUUGCAAAGCCUAAGAUCGUCACCGGUCCUGGUGGUUAUGUUCUUGAGGAUGUUCCUCACUUAUCGGAUUACAUUCCUGAUCUUCCUACUUAUCCCAAUCCGUUGCAAGACAAUCCGGCAUACUCAGUUGUUAAGCAAUAUUUUGUUCAUGUAGAUGACACCGUUCCUCAAAAGAUUGUUGUUCACAAGGAUAGUCCAAGAGGAACGCAUUUCCGACGAGCUGGACCACGUCAAAAGGUAUAUUUUGACUCUGAUGAAGUUCAUGCCUGUAUUGUGACGUGUGGUGGUCUUUGCCCUGGACUCAACACUGUGAUUAGAGAGAUAGUAUGUGGCUUGAACCACAUGUAUGGUGUGAAGAAAGUUUUGGGGAUAGAUGGAGGAUACAGGGGAUUUUAUGCUAAAAAAACCGUGCAUUUAGAUCCCAAGGGAGGAUACAGGGGAUUUUAUGCUAAAAAUACCGUGCAUUUAGAUCCCAAUGUUGUCAAUGAUAUCCAUAAACGUGGUGGAACAAUCCUUGGGACAUCACGAGGUGGGCAUGAUACUACAAAGAUUGUUGACAGCAUUCAGGAUCGUGGAAUUAAUCAGGUUUACAUUAUUGGCGGUGAUGGAACUCAGAGAGGUGCAGCUGUUAUAUUUGAGGAAGUUAGAAGGCGAGGUCUCAAAGUUUCAGUUGCGGGAAUCCCUAAAACCAUUGACAACGACAUUCCAGUUAUUGACAAAUCCUUUGGCUUUGACACUGCCGUUGAGGAGGCUCAACGUGCUAUUAAUGCUGCUCAUGUUGAAGCUGAAAGUAUUGAGAAUGGUAUUGGUCUUGUGAAGUUGAUGGGUCGCUACAGUGGUUUUAUUGCAAUGUAUGCCACUCUCGCAAGCCGAGAUGUGGAUUGUUGCUUGAUCCCAGAGUCACCCUUUUUUCUUGAAGGAGCUGGAGGGCUUUUUGAAUACAUUGAGAAACGACUUAAAGAAAAUGGGCAUAUGGUUAUCGUGAUAGCAGAGGGUGCUGGCCAAGAGCUGCUUUCCGAGAGCAUGAAAUCAAUGACACAGAAAGAUGCUUCAGGAAACAAGCUUCUCCAGGAUGUUGGGCUAUGGAUAUCACAGAGGAUCAAGGACUACUUUUCAAAACAAAGGAAGAUGCCCAUAAACCUCAAAUAUAUAGAUCCUACUUAUAUGAUUCGUGCUAUCCCAAGCAAUGCAUCUGAUAAUGUUUACUGCACACUUCUUGCCCAAAGUGUUGUGCAUGGAGCGAUGGCAGGGUACACUGGCUUCACAAGUGGUCUUGUUAACGGCAGGCAGACAUACAUACCGUUCAAUCGAAUCAUCGAGAAACAAAACCAUGUUGUGAUUACAGAUAGGAUGUGGGCAAGGCUCCUUUCGUCAACAAAUCAACCAAGCUUUUUGAGUGCUAAAGAUGUUGAAGAGAAGGGUGAUGAAGAACCGUCAAACCAAUUGUUGGAUAAUGGAAAUUGUGGCCAAGAGACUUUUGUUUCGAAUGAGGUAACCAACUGAGGUUGGUAGUUUACCACUGCUAAUGCUUAGCCCGCAGUUAGAAUAGCAUGCUGCGACAAACACCCUGAAUAAUACUGUUGUGCAAAAUUCGGCAGUUUGAUUUCUUUUGCUUCAUGAACCCUAAGAGUAAAAAGAACUUAUUAUAUGGUUGUAUUCCUCCUUAUGUGCUGCAAUAUUGUCAAUUUAUGAUGACAAUGUUGAAUGGAAGUGAUAAUUUUUAGUGUGCGUAUUUCAAGUCAGUCCUG